GCACAUUACUCUAACGGGUUUCGACACUGACCGAUGCUGAGAAUAGAGCCCGAAGAAAAGCAGUCAGGCGAAGGUCCUGAACGAGCAAUGGGAAUUCCCGCCUCUUCGAUCACAAACCACUCCAUCAUUACACCAUUGGGAUUUUACAUUUUCGGAUUUACGUUUUUAAGGCGCUGUCUUUUUGGAAACGAUUCAAGAACGAUAUCGGCCGAGGGAGAGCCGGCGUACCCAACCGAAGACGCAUGCAUGACGUCACCUCCACGAGCCAGAAGAAAAGCGGUCACGCGGAGGCACUGAACGCCGCGCACGUGCAAUGGGAAUUCUCACCACUUCAAUCACAAACUUCACCAUUAUACCAGUGGGAUUUUAUGUUAUCGGAUUUACUCAUUUAAAGUUUGCUGAUUUAUAUUUAAUUUUCCUCGGCUUCAUUUAUAUUGUAACGGUUUUGUGCAACGCCUUUAUCAUUUCCAUAAUAUGGAUGGAUCGUCGCCUACACACUCCGAAGUAUAUCGCGGUGGCUAAUUUAGGGGUUGUUGACUUGAUGUUCAGUACGUCCUUUAUUCCUAGUUCGAUCAAGACUGUUGUCACGGGGGACACUUUUAUGUCCUACAACGCAUGUUUGACACAGAAUUUUUUUUAUUACGGCUCUCUAGCACUAGAGUCAUUUUCCCUCAGUGUACUUGCCUAUGACAGAUUAAUUGUGAUAUGUUUCCCACUGAGGCACAGCUCCAUUAAUACUCCUACACGCAUGUUCAGUAUUUUAGCGACUGUUUGGUUGCUUUGUGUCAGCGUCCUGGCGUUCAUGGUCUUGAUCUUAAGAAAAGUGUCUUUUUGUGAUUCACUCACUGUGUACAACUUUGUCUGUGAGUAUGGGGCCCUGAUCAAUCUGUCGUGUAAUGGUAACACACUGCAGUGGACCGUUGCCUCUUCAGUGAGUAUACUCUUUUUGUUCCUGCCACUUAGUGUAAUAGCCAUGUCAUACGCCUGUAUUUUGACAGCCGUGUUUCGAAUGAAGAAUGUGGAGAGCAGGUACAAAGCACUUGCAACGUGUAUAGAACAUUUCGUUCUAGUGGCCAUUUUCUAUGUGCCAACCAUAACACUGUACAUCAUUGAACUUUUCUUAUUCCUCGUCAAUCCAAAUAUGAAAAUGGUGAACUUGUCGUUAGCCUCAUGCAUCCCGUCCUGUCUGAACCCCAUUGUGUAUUCCCUGGCAACCAAAGAAAUCAGGAACAGAAUAUUUACGAUGUUCCAGAAAGUCAAAUUAGCAGCGUGGACAGGGUAAGCGUAGAGCCGAAGUUUUCGGUAAAUUUUAAAUUUUCAAACGAAUAAACCCCAUUUAUUUUUAAGCCCUGAUGUUUGGCUUCAAUUGCGCAUGUCUAUGAGAUGUCAAAAAAAUAAAUAAAUAAAGUCUGGACCAACAGAACAUGCACAAAAAUACAUUUUCAAAAAAUUUGACUGUCGGUACCAACUCACAGUGAAAUGUUCAGUGUUAAAUCUGCUCACAGAGUGUAUUUAUAUGUACUCUCUUAGAGCUGAAUUGACAAUCAACACGACACCCCCCAAAAAAUACAUCACUUAGUCAUUGGCUAUGCUACUCACAAGAGGGGCUUUGGCAUGUGUAUGCUUAUGGG